UCAAGACGCACACCACAAAUAGGAAGAGGAGCUCGGCCAAACACCCAAAAGGGGUGUACGCGCCAAUUAUAUAUAAUAUAUAUGGCUCAAAAUCACCAAGGUGCAGAAUUGGCUUUGCUAGCAAUUUAAUGUCUUAAAUCUUGACUUAUUUGAGAAAAAAAAAUUAAUAAAUUACUUCAACUAACCUGUUUUGUGUGUACAUCAAACAAUAUAACUAAUUAAUAAAGCAGAUUUUAAAUAAAAUCAAUAUACAUGCAUGGAUAAUCAUUUCGGGAACGCAUCCUAAUGUACAAUCUUCAGCAACAAGUCCUAAAUUUAAUAUAAAAAUUUGAGUUAAAUUACCCAUUUCAUUACUUAAUACAUCGUAUUUUUUAUACAAAAUUGAGUUUUAGAAAGGAUACUAAAAGAUUACUUAUUUUUAACUAUAAAAAUAUCCAAUAUAGUUUGUCCGAUACCGCCCAAGUCAUUUCAGUGAACGUAUCGAUAAUAGAUCAAAAAUAAUUUUAAGGGAAUGCAGCCAUUCGGUGUCUAACGUCAGUCGAGGAAGAAAACAAAAACAAAGCGGGCUGUCAGAGUAUUUAUCGUGAAAUAAAAUAAAUCUAAAUGCAUAAUGGAAACUCCUGAUAAAGAAAAAAAUAAAAAAUAAAAAUAAAAUAAAGGCUUAAAAAGGAUAGUGCAGCGUAAGUAACUAAAGAUAAAAAGUGAAUGCUAGAAGAAGAAAGUUUUUGGAUAAGAUGACAGAAGAGCAGAAAGAAAUUAAACGGGCUAAGGAGAGAGAAUAUUAUAGAAAAAAAAAGCGAGGCUGGUCAUGGUAAAGGCCCAAUGGAUGGUGUAGGAGGAUACCUAAAAAGAACAGCUGACAGACAUGUCUUGAUGGGUAAUGAUGUUACAACAGCCUCAGAAUUCGCCGAUUUGUUCAAAAAUGCUGCUAUCGAAGUAAAAGUAAUCCCAGAAGACAACGUGAUUGAGGAGAAAAACCGCGUUCCAAAGUCUCUGGAUGCUAUUCCAGGUAUAAUGGACAUCACAAAAGUGUACUGGCAAAAAGGACUAGACGUUUUAAUACAAUUAUAUCGAUACGAACAUUUUCAUAAAGACCUAAAACUAUCGAGGCUUUCUAGCCUUUGUAAUAUGAGUGCAGUUGAACCUGAGAAAGUUUUUAUACCUGCAAUUGAAUCUCCUGUUGACGAAGAGCCCAUGAUCACAGAUAACGAUUUGAGAUUUAAAAAUAGAGUAAAUAUUUAUAAAUCUGAAUACUGGUCAUCUUCCUCGGACAAUGAAGAUUUAGAGACAAUAUCUCGUCGUCAGCAGAUUAAAGUUAAACAGAUUUAUGUUGAAGCAAAUACGUCUUAUUGCAAAGAAAAUAUACAUCCAAAUCUCGUAUCCCCUGGGACAUUAUUGCUUGUUAAAGUUCCUACUGAGAAGCCAAAUAUUUGCUUCAGAUAUGUUGCUACCUGCCAGACAUGUGUCGAUGACGAUGAUGAAGAAAUCUUAGUACCCUUUUUGAGAUCUGUGCGUAACAAUAUUAGAAAAUUUAAGCUGGAAUCUAAGGAUAUAUCAUAUAUUGAUUUUGAGCAAAUAAAAUUUCAACACCGACGCUAAAAAAAGA